AUGAUUAUUUUAAAGAAAACAAAAGUGCCAUAUGUAAAUAAAUGUUUAUCUCAUUUAAAAUUCGUAUAUUCCAAAUCAAAUUUUGUUAGUGUAAAAUUGAAUUAUAAAAAUGUUAAAAAAAAGGAAGAAAACAGGAAAAACAACGUACAAUCUAUUUUUAAUGGCAAUUUAAAUGUAUAUGAUAGGUUAAGAAUAUUUAAAAACCUACUGAAUGAUAGAAGUAAAAAACGUGAAGGAAUUAGUGGUCAUGUAGUAUAUAAAUACUUGUUAAAUGAAUACAAAAAAUGUUUUAAUUUUAUAGAUUUUAGUGAUACAGUUCAAAGUAUAAAAAUACUUGAUGAACUUGAUAAAAAUUUUAGUAAUGGUUGUGAUUUUCCUAUAGUAGUAAAGAACAUAGAUAAAACUGUUUUAAGUAAAAUAAAUGAAUUUGAAUUUAGUGAAAAGGAUCUAAAUUUCCACAAGAGAGAAUUGUUAGGUAAAAUUUGCAACAAACUGAUUAAAUGUCUGCAUGAAGUGAGUGGAAAUGAAUUAAUUCAUUUUAUCGUUUAUUUUUUUAGAUGGAGCAAAAAUGACAAAAAUUUAAUUCUUUUUUAUAAUUUCUAUUUCAAUUAUGUUUUCAAUAAUUUAUAUCUUUUCGAUUACGAAAUUUACAAGGUUCUUUUCAUAUUAAACGCAUAUCUUAUUAAUAAUGAUUCGAACAGGGUUUUUGAUAAAUACACAAUGGGGGAAAAUGUAUUUAAUGUGUACUACUUUGUAAAAUUAAAAAAUCAGGAAAAUUAUGCUAUUAAAAUGAGCAAAGAUGAAAUUUUCAAGAAGUGUUAUACGAAGUUGUCUGAAAACAUAGAUAAAAUUGACAAUAAUAAGGUGUUAAACAUUUUAAAGCUAUAUGUUGAUAAUUUAAUUUUCAGUGUUAACUUAGAACAUAAAUUUAUCGAUAAUCUUCAUAAAAAUUUAAUAAAUGAAAAUAUUGAAUAUCUUGUAAAAUUGUUAAAUAUAUAUUGUACUAUGAUUAAGAAAAAGAAAUAUGAUACUGCUUUAUUAGUUUCCAAAUUAAAAGAAUUGAUUUUAUGCAUUUUCCAAGUUUUAAGAGAAGAAAAAAACAAGAAAAAGGUUCUACGUGAUGUUCAUUAUAGCAUAUUAUUAAGUUCCUUAAAUGAUAAAAGUAUAUUAAAUAAAGUGGUGGACAGCAACUUCGUUUUAUUUUAUGAGUAUUUGUUAAAAACUUUAAUAGAUAUAAAAUUUGUAAAACUUCAUUCUCUAUCCAUUGCUCUCGUUUCUAUAAAAAAUAUUUAUUUUACUUUAUUAAAAAAUAAAUAUCAUACAAAUAAUGUAUUAUUUUCGGUUACUAUGAAAUUCAGCUUAAGUAUGUCAAAUAAUUUCCUAGAGAGAUGCAUAUAUACAAAAAAUAAAGGUGCAACAUAUGUUGUUUCAAGUGAUAUUACAUCAAAUAAUGUAUGUAUGGAAAAUAUGAAGGAAAUAAUAAUAAAUAGAAGUGAAUAUUAUUUUUAUAAAAUAGAAAAUUAUUUUGAUUUCAUUUUUAAAUUAAAACCUAGUGAUUUGUUAUCUAUUAAAAUUCUGUCUAGCUCUUUUAUAAAAAUAAAUAAAGUGUAUAAUUCGUAUGAUUUUUAUUUAUUGUUCAAUAAUAUUUCAUGUAUUUUGUACUAUUUUAUGGUAAAUAAGAAAACGAUUAGAAGGUUUAAUGAUAUAUAUAUAUAUAUUUUAAAUGAUCUUUCUUUUGUUUAUAAAAAUAUAAGAAGUAUAGGUACAAAGAAGGAUUUAAUCUUAAGUAAUAUUAGAGAGUUGAUAUGUCAAAAUAUUAUAAAAGUCAGUAAUCUUUAUAUUAGAGAUCUUCAUGAAGAAAAUAACUUCCAGAGAGAUCAGUAUGUGUGUUCUUUAAUUUUUUUGAAUAAUAUAUUUUUUGAAAGAAUUGUUCUUUUUGAUUAUGCAAGGAAUAUAUGGUGUCAUGUGUAUAAAGCAUAUAAUUAUUUUAAGCGUAAUACAAUGUUUAAUGAAGAUAUAAUUUCUUUACUUCUUUUAAGUUGUUCUAAAUUUCAAUUUUUUAUAGAAAAUAAUUCAAAUAGCAGAUAUUAUAGGAAGGAACUGAUGGAUAUAAAGUAUAGGAUCAUUGAUGAUUUAACUAAAAAUUAUUUAAGUACAUAUAAAUAUAUCUCUUUAGAUAAUUUGUCAAAAGUUUUAAUAUCAUUAUCGAAUUCCAAAUUCAGAUAUGAAAUUAAUGAAGUUUUACUAUUAAAAAGUUUGAAAAAUGAAAUUAUAAAAGUUCAGGGAGAAAAAAAAGGCUAUUAUGAAUAUAGCUGCAUAUCAAGUUUCACUAAUUCAAAUAAAAAGUUGGAAGAAAAUAAUACUAAAUAUAUGAAGCAUAGCCUAUUUAUAAAUAUGAGUAAAAUUAUAGAAUGCUUAAUAAAGUUAGAUAUAUUUUUAUAUUUAAAAAAAAGAAGCACGUAUUUAUAUUUAUAUAAGAAAGCAUUUUGCAAUAUACAUUUGAAAGAAAAUAUACUUAAAAAAUUGCUGUACAUAGCUAAUAACUUGUAUAUAUAUCAUAUAUAUGCCUAUGUAUGUGUAAUGUUGGAAAAAUCAUUAGGAGAAAAAUACAAAAAUUUUUCAUAUAAUUUUAAUAAAAAUGUAGAAAAUAAGGUGUUCGAAAAAAUUAUAUGUUAUAUAUCGGAAGAUGAUUAUAUUGAAAUUUCAAAUACCCUCUUUAUGUUAUAUUAUGAUUAUUUAUUAACUUUAAAUUGUGAAAAACACAAAAAUGUGUUAAGCCCUAGUCGAAUACGUGACACCUAUUUUGCUAAAAUAGAGCAUGUGGGCAAUAAAAAAAUUGAUACAUUAUUAUUAGACAAUAAUAGAUGCAUUGAGGGAAAUAAUUUUAAAACAGUUACUACUACAUAUAAUGUGAGUACUGAAAACACUGUAAAUAAUAUUAUUAACGUAGGGGCUAUAAGUAAUUAUUAUCAGAAGAGUACAAAUAAGGAUAAUCUAAAAAAGAAGAGGGAUGACGUUGAUAUUUUUAUAGGUGAUAUAAUAAACAUAUUUGAAUUUUUAAAGAUAGAUAAAAAAAAAUUAAUAUUAUUUCAACUUUAUUUAUAUCUUACUACCAUCACAAAAUUUAAAAAAUCUAAUACAUCAUCGUCAGCAUUUCACAUAGAAGUGUUUAAUAUUUUAAAGAACAUGAAUUUAAGGUACUUGCUAUGCCUACAAAAUGUUCAAAUUAAAAAUGAGGAAGGUGCCUUUUUGUAUACAGUCGAUAUAGUACUGCUGUGA